GUAGCGCCUGUUAACAAAAUUAGUAAGACAUCAUACAUUUUUUCAAUAAAUUAACUUAUCUAAUCCUUCACACAUACUUUCACUCUUGCAUGACAUGACGGACAUCUUUGAAAAGGAAAAAUGAUUCAUUUUUACAGGAUAUAAAAAACAGAAGACAAGUCACUGCGAGGACAUGGCACCUGUUUCAACCUCUUCACUGUCAGUGGUGACCGUUGCUCAAAUAGGUGUUGAAAAAGGGGCAUCAGAGUUCUUAGACAUGAUUCAAGUGGGAGCACCUGCUCAGGCAAUAACCUUGACCCAGAAAGGCCUGCGCUAUUAUGUGCAUGGGGAGGUUUUAGAAGACAGAGAUUUUCAAACAUUGCAAAACAACAACUGGUUCAAUGACAAGGUUAUAAAUGCAUUCCUGAAGAAAAUCAUGGAGGAUGAAAACAGAAAAUCCAUGGAACAUGUCUUUGUCAUCCCAUCGUACCUGGCAGUGCUCUGGGAAAAUGAUCAGUAUGGAACAUGGAUGUACAAGAAGGUGAAACUCUCCUUGUACAAGUGGAUUUUUAUGCCUGUUAAUGUCAACCGCAACCACUGGGUCCUGCUUGUUGCAGAUGUUUACAAGAGGACAGUCUCCAUACUGGAUUCAUUGCCAACACCAGGAAGCAGUACACUCAUAGAGAAGUGGAAAAAGUACAUGAAGUUGAGAGCAUCUGUUGCUGGGGAACUUCCAGACUGGGAGGAAGGGGAUCUUGUGUCUUCCAAACAGUGUGACGGAAGCAGCUGUGGCCCAUUUGUACUGAUGAAUGCCCUUGCCAUAGUGAACAACAUCCCAAUACAAGAGCUGAAUACAGACAUGGCAACAUACAUGAGACAGUAUGUCUCAUCUUCAUUGCUGCAAGCAGCAAAACAGCCUCCUUCACAACGAUCAACAUGUGACAUGUUAGGAUGUUGUAGGCCAACAAGUGAAAAAUGCUGGAUUUGUUGUGAUGUCUGCGGGAGAUGGAUGCACUUUUCAUGCAUCAAUAUCAAUCAAAGCCCAGAGGGGGAUUAUGUAUGUCCCAUAUGCAUUGCGCAAUAUGAGUGACUGAUACUUCUCUUCUGUGGCUGUAUACAAAAAUGUUCUGGGUUGAUACCUUGAGUAUAACACCCAUUCUCACGAAGAAUGUACAAUUACAGUUUGGAAACUUGAAAAAUUAAAGUCUCAGCUUUCACCAUGAAAUGAUAUUUUAUUCGUAGAACGAACAUUAAAAAACAAGUAUAUAAAAUUUUGGCACUCAAGCUUUGCCAAUAACAAAGUUAUUAACUCUUUAUGCCACUAACCCAUAAAGCAGGAUGUAAUCUACGUGACCACCAUAUGUCUAUAAAAUAAUGUAAAUGUUAAGUUAUUGCAAUUCUGUUUUCCUGUUUAUCAUGACUUUGUAGAAAACCAUCACGUUAUUAAUUGUUCACAAGUAAGGUAUGCCAAUCUUGUUUAACAAUGAUGGAGCUGACCUUUAAACAAUAAAGUGAUUUUUAGACGGUUGUUUUCAACAAAACCUGUUAAUGAUUUCUACAUACCCUAAUAUUCAGGAAAAGAAAGUCAACCUAUGAUCGUAUGUAUCUAUACGUUCAUCAACAAAGAAUAACAUGUCAGAAAAUCUAAACAAUAAAGUAAUACAUUUUUGCAAGAUAACAAAUACUUAUUCAGUCACGUAGAUUACAUAAUACUAUACAAACAAACAAACAAAUUUACAAUGGAGCUUCCAGACUUGUAACAAUGAUUCAGGUAUGUAAUCAUUUCUUCUUAUUGUCUUCUUAAGAAACAUAAAGAAGUUUUAAAGUGAAAACCUUUUAAAAAAACAAAAUCUAAUAAUAUCAAGGAAAAUCUUCCUGAUUUUUAAUUUAAAUUUAGGAUAUUCAAUAAAAUAAACUACAUCGUGGUGUUUAAAUA